AUGUUGUUCCCUCGUAAACUUACUCUCGCUCUUAUGGCCAGCGCAUCUGUCUCUGUGUCCGCGGCAGAUUCCGAAGAUGCACUUCUGCCAAGAGCUCCGAAACCAGUCGCCCGGAGAAGUCGAGACUGUGGUUCACAUUUGAACGCCUCUAUGAUCGCCGUUGCUGAGCGGGACUUUGUCCAACGUAAGGCAAGAAUAGCCAACACUGGUGGCGGUUUCGUCUAUUGGAAUGUCAUUUCCAAAGACAGCACUCCUGCCGGCGGGAACAUCCCCGACUCGCAAAUUCAAGGUCAAAUCCGUGUACUCAAUGCGGAUUACGCUGGAAACAUCAACUUUGUUCUUGCGGGGACGAGACGGAUAGUGAACCCGGACUGGUUCAACAACGCGGCGCCGGGAACCAUCCAGCAAACAGUGAUGAAAACCGCCCUCAGGCAGGGCGGGAAGGGUGAUUUGAAUGUGUACAGUGUCGGUUUCGUCUCUGGAAGUGGGGCAGGGCUGUUGGGAUAUGCUACAUAUCCCAGCUCCUAUGCAAGUGCACCAAAGGAUGACGGAAUCGUCAUCCUGUUUUCCAGUGUGCCAGGAGGAUCAACGGCUGGUUAUAACCUCGGCAGGACGUUGACCCAUGAAUCUGGCCACUGGUUUGGACUCUAUCACACUUUCCAGGGCGGUUGUGCCUCCUCCUCAACUAACGGCGGAGACUACGUGUCUGAUACUCCUGCGGAGGCCAGCGGCGCCAGCGGAUGCCCAACCGGGAGGGACACCUGCACCGGACCAAACUUCCCCGGGGUUGAUCCUAUCUCGAACUACAUGGAUUAUUCAACGGAUGCGUGCAUGAAACAGUUCACGGCGGGGCAGAUCGCACGGGCGACGGAUCAAUUCCAGGCAUAUCGUGCAUAA